CCAGCCUGUCCCUAAAUGACAUGACGAAGAAGAAACUGCCUGUCACAUAAGCAGCUAGCAGAGUGGCUAAUAUCACCCUGAUUAGGCUGUUUUCACUGUCAAAAUGGAUGUAAAUCAGGCGAAACAGGAGCACCUGCUCGCAUUAAAAGUGAUGCGCUUAACGAAGCCCACUCUCUUCACAAACCUGCCGGUGACGUGCGAGGAUCGAGAUCUGCCAGGGGACUUGUUUGGUCAGCUUAUGAGGCAGGAUCCCUCCACCAUCAAAGGCGCAGAGACCUUAAUGCUGGGAGAGAUGCUCACAUUACCACAGAACUUUGGAAAUAUAUUCCUCGGCGAGACCUUCUCCAGUUACAUAAGCGUGCAUAAUGACAGCAGCCAAGUUGUUAAAGACAUUCUGGUGAAGGCUGAUCUACAGACGAGCUCGCAGAGGCUGAAUCUCUCCGCAUCAAACUCUGCAGUCGCAGAGCUCAAACCCGAAUGCUGCAUCGAUGAUGUCAUUCACCACGAAGUCAAAGAAAUUGGGACACACAUCUUAGUUUGUGCAGUCAGUUACACCACCCAGCAAGGGGAGAAGCUCUAUUUUAGGAAGUUCUUCAAGUUCCAGGUUUUGAAGCCGCUGGAUGUGAAGACGAAGUUCUACAACGCAGAGAGCGACCUCAGUUCUGUGACAGAUGAAGUGUUCCUGGAAGCGCAGAUUCAGAACAUUACCACCUCGCCAAUGUUCAUGGAGAAAGUGUCUUUAGAGCCAUCCAUGAUGUACAACGUUACAGAGCUCAACACGGUCACACAAGCAGACAAAGGAGAGUCCACAUUUGGGAAAAUGUCCUACCUGCAGCCUAUGGACACACGGCAGUAUUUGUAUUGCCUGAAGCCAAAGCCGGAGUACGCAGAGAAGGCCGGCAUCAUCAAGGGAGUGACGGUCAUAGGCAAGCUGGACAUUGUAUGGAAGACCAAUCUUGGAGAAAGAGGGAGGCUACAGACCAGUCAGCUGCAAAGAAUGGCUCCAGGGUAUGGAGAUAUUCGGCUGUCUUUAGACCUGAUUCCUGACACUGUCAACCUUGAAGAACCUUUUGACAUCAUCUGUAAAAUCACCAACUGCAGUGAAAGAACUAUGGACCUGGUGCUAGAGAUGUGUAAUACUAGUUCUAUCCAUUGGUGUGGUAUAUCAGGGCGACAGCUGGGGAAACUUAGUCCUGGCGCCUUCCUCUCACUGCCCCUCACAGUCCUGUCUUCCGUCCAGGGUCUGCAGAGCAUUUCUGGUUUGAGGCUCACAGAUACAUUUCUGAAGAGGACGUACGAAUACGACGACAUUGCACAAGUGUGUGUGGUCUGCCCGUUUACGAGCAACGAGUGCUAGGAGUUUUCUUUACCCCUUUUUUGUUUUUGUUUUUUUGCAUUUUACAUAUGAAUGGACCAACUGCGGCAUUCUGCACAUGACACUAUGUUUUUUGCAACUUAAUGGAAGAAUAUUGUAUUUUACAAUUAAUUGUGAAUAAUAUAAAUCACUUUCUUUGAAAAUAAUGAUGUAAAUGUGCAUAAAUGUUAAUAAAUCUGUCAUCUUUGAUUUAAUAUUGCUUUUAAAAAGGUGCUUCAUGGCAUCUGUGUUGGCUUUUGUUAUUAAAACUCUUACAAAGGCACAGACAUGUAUUUACUGACUUGAUCAAUGAGUUUUUGGAAACAGCAGGAGCUGUGUGAGGCUACUAAAGGCAGGGCUAUAACAUUUUUCUGUCA